CUUCAUUUCAUUCACCAAACUCAACCUUUUCUCUUCUCUUCUCCUAUACUACUCUCACUCCCUCCACAAACACUUGUUAAAUUUCUAUAAUAAAACCCAAAAAAAUCAUCAAAAUUUUUUUUUAACAAAAUAAUAAAAAUGAGUACAAAUAUAGACACAAUUUGGGUACUUGCCCUUUUUAGUAAAUGCAAUCAUUUUACAACCUUCAACAUACUUUUCUCCUUCUUUGUUAUAGCCAUAGUUUGGCUAACCAUGGCCCUAAUUCACUGGGCUUACCCUGGAGGCCCAGCUUGGGGAAAAUACAGGUUAACCCAUGUUUUUCAUUGGGCUAAAAAGCCCAUCCCUGGCCCAAGAGGUUGGCCAGUUUUUGGCAGUAUGGGUCUCAUGAUGGGCUUAGCCCAUCGUAAAAUAACCGCUAAAGCCCAAACCCAUGAUGCUAACCGCUUAAUGGCUUUCAGUCUCGGUGAAACACGCGUGAUCGUCACGUGCCACCAUGAAGUAGCGAAAGAAAUUCUUCACUCUUCAAAUUUUGCUGAUAGACCCAUUAAAGAAUCCGCUUACAGUUUAAUGUUUAAUCGAGCUAUCGGGUUUGCCCCGUAUGGUGUAUACUGGCGGACCCUACGUAGAAUUGCUGCAACCCAUAUGUUUAGCCCGAAACAAAUUAAGGCUUCUGAGUCACAAAGAUAUACCAUCGCUGAAUCCAUGGCGGCCCAUUUUGGAGCCCAACAAGGCCCGUUUCAACUGCGAGAUAUUCUUCGACGGGCCUCGUUGGGUAACAUGAUGGGCUUGGUUUUUGGGCGAAAGUACGGGCUUUCUUGCCCGGAAAAUAUUGAGAGUGAAGAGUUAAGAAAAAUGGUAGGAGAAGGGUAUGAUUUACUUGGUAUGUUAAAUUUGGGUGAUCAUAUUUCUUGGUUAUCUGAUUUUGACUUUCAAAAAAUCCGGUUCAGAUGUAGUGAACUUGUACCUAAAGUGAACCGAUUUGUUAGCCGGAUUAUUGAUGAUCACCGGUCUAAUUCGGUUCAAUCAAACCGGGAUUUUGUUGAUGUGUUAUUAUCCCUUCAAGGCUCGGAUAAGCUUUCCGAUUAUGAUAUGAUCGCCGUCCUUUGGGAAAUGAUAUUUAGAGGAACUGACACGGUGGCAGUUUUAAUCGAGUGGAUCUUAGCAAGACUAGUGAUGCAUCCUGAUAUUCAAUCAAGGGUACAUGAUGAGUUAGACAACAUCGUGGGGAGGGCACGUGCGGUUUCUGAGUCCGACAUCACAUCAUUGGUUUAUUUGACGGCUGUGAUUAAAGAAGUCCUUAGGCUCCAUCCUCCAGGCCCACUUCUCUCAUGGGCCCGUUUGGCUAUUGAAGACACUAUUGUUGAUGGACAUCACAUUCCAUCUGGGACCACUGCCAUGGUGGACAUGUGGGCCAUUACCCGAGACCCACAAGUUUGGCCCGAACCCGAUGUGUUUAACCCGAACCGGUUCUUGGGAUCCGGCCCUGAGAGCGACUUCUCGGUCCUCGGGUCCGACUUGAGGCUCGCCCCAUUUGGGUCGGGCAGACGGGCCUGCCCCGGAAAAGCCCUUGGGCUUGCAACGGUGAGCUUUUGGGUGGCAUCAUUACUACAUGAGUAUGAGUGGGUGACGUCAUCAAAAGAUGCCACGGUGGACUUGUCCGAAGUGUUGAAACUCUCAUGUGAGAUGGCUCACCCUCUUACGGUGAGGGUGCAAAGUAGAAGGGCAAUCAUAUGAAAAAGAACUCUCGAAAAGUUUGAUGAAAUCACAUUUCGAAGCAUGGUUGUUUUUGGUGGAAAUUUAGUUUUUUAUUUAAUUAUUAUUAUUAUAUUUUAAUUUUGGGUUUUCUCUAUUACCAUGUUUUUGUCAAAUCUAGAGUGAUAUGAGUGUUGAAAGGGUUUUAUAAAUGAUAUAGUAAAGCUAGAAAGCUCAAUGUAAAUUUACCUAUUGACUUUAGUGUUGAUGGAGUGUUGUACAUAAAAUGCAAAUUAUAUGGAGUUUCAAAUAUAGACUAAAUUCUUGUUU